UUAGCAAUGAUCAGGCUAAGACAAUCCUAGAAUGCAUAAUGAAGGCCAUUUCAGACCCCGAUAAGAAUUAUGAUUCUAUUGAUGAUUUAUAUACUGAUCUUGAUAUCACUCAAGAGUUAUUUGUAAAAGCAUGCGAAAAGCUAACAAAGAAAAACAAUCUAGUUCUUAAAAGAGACCACAAAGAUGUAUGGAUAAAUCAGUAUAAUCCUGACUUACUAAGGGCAUGGAACGCUAAUUUGGACAAACAAUAUGUAUUUGAUGCCUACAGUUGUAUUGUAUACAUUGUGUCAUAUAUAUCAAAGUCUGAAAGAGAAAUUGGUUUAUUACUAGGCGAUGCUCACAAAGAAGCUGUUGAAGGUAAUUUGGAUGCUAAAAGUGGUCUAAAAAAGAUUUCAAGUACAUAUUUACAUAGUAGAGAGGUUUCGGCACAAGAGGCAGCAUAUCGUGUGUGUAAUCUACGUCUUGAAGAAACAUCCAGAAAAGUAGUAUUUAUACCGACAGUUGGAGAUUUUUACCAGUUACCUCCCGUGAAAGGCAGAGCUCUGUACAAUGAUAAUGAAAUGGUUAAUCUGUGGCAAGAUAAUUUUAAACUUGUUCAACUGACGGAAAUAAUGAGACAGAGGGAUGAUUUGACAUUUGCACAAGCACUAAAUAGAAUACGCACAAAAAAGAAUUCUGAUGAAAUGUCCGUAGAUGAUGUUAAUUUGUUCAGUAGUAGGGUUACAGGUGAAGAAUCUGAUGCAGUGCAUAUAGUUUCUACAAAUAAGCAGGUAAAUGAAAUUAAUUUAAAAUUCUUACACAGUAAAUGUCCAGAUACCAUAACCAUUGCUGCAAACGAUUAUUCAAAAGAUGCUAGAACAGGUAAAAUGAAGAAAUUGGAGAAAUAUCUGACUCGUAACGUAGAUUCUAGUUUACCUGACGUAUUAGUAAUUGGUAUUGAUGCAAGAGUUAUGUUAAUUAAGAAUUUGAAUGUUAGUGAUGGUCUUACUAAUGGUUGUUUUGGUAAAGUAACUUAUAUCACAAUGGAUAAUGAUAAACCUAAAAUAAUAUACGUUAAGUUUGAUGACGGAAGAGUCGGGACUAUUUUACGUAGAGAAAAUAAAAGAUCAAAUGAUGAUAUACCAGAAGGCAGUACUCCUAUUGAGAUACAAGAAGAAAAAGUCAAUUAUCGUGGCGACAUAAGGAGACAAUUUCCACUUAAACUUAGCUAUAGUACAACGGUGCAUAAAGUACAAGGUUUGAUUCUCAAUUCUGCAAAAUUGUAA